CCUGAAGGAAAAAAACAAGCCACUGGCUGAUAAAGGAAAAAGAGGGGGAGGUAAAUCAUUUGGGGGAAAGAAAGAAACGAAGUUGUUGUAGGCUGUGACACAUUUGCGGAAUGGAUUAAUGCUUGCCUACUUUUACGGUACAAUUGGUUUGGCAACGGUCAGUAGAGUUUAAGGCAGCAUGGGUUCCGUUCUCAAACUUAUCCGCAUAUUUUUUUGUCGUAAAAUUAUUUGAAAACGGAAUGUGAGCAAUAAUACAUUCUCGAAACAUCGAAUGCUUUAUGUUUUCGUUUGAUCCGUUUUUUUCUCGCGUUUUUAUAUGCAUUUUCAAUAUCAUGUUUCUUUCAAAGUGAAUAGAAGAAUUUGGAUACGCUACAUUUUAUACAGAAACUGACUUAUUUUCCUCCUUCCACUGGUCCUCACUUAGCCCGACGAGUUAUUCCAAAAAGCUUUGCCGUGGAAAAUCGUGCGGAACGGAACUUCACUGGACUACAUGUGGCUUUAAAGAACAAGUUCAAAGGGGAAUGCUUCUUAAUUAAAAGGACCCAAAAUAAGAGCAUUUAAAUUUAUACUGGUGCCAGUUGCGUGGGAAACAACUCAUCUUUACGUGACCAAGUCUAACCUAAUAUAAUGGACCGUUUCGUCACACCGAAGACAUGCAGGUGUGGGGCAACCUAGUCUCAAACGAGACCGACAACAACAACUUCAGCUUCACGAGAGUGACCUAAAAAAGCAAUUUUUAUCCGUCUUUAUCUCCAGCAUUGCCAGAACAAUAGAAGUAGUCCACUGCUAACUCGAUGGAUUCACAUGCGUUACCUUCUACCUGUCUGCCUGUAGUCUCCACAGCCAAGACACGAUGACUCUCAACACUGUUAUCCAAACAUGAUUAUAUCGUCAUGUGAUCCUCCAAAAAUGUCUUAAUCGUCUUAUUUAACGUCUGUUUUUUUUAUUUAUUGUAUAUGUACAUAUAGCCUACACAGGUCUGUCCGUUGGUUGUUCUAAUUUGGGGGGUAUUUGUUUAGCAUAUAGAUUGCAAGGGUCUCUGUCAUUUCAACUACUGUAGUUCAACUGUACUGUAGACAUACUUGAGUGUUAAUGUAUUUCCAACUCACACACUGUAUUUAUUGAGUACAUUAACUUAUAUAACAUAGUGGUUUGUUAACAGCAUUUAAUUUAAUUUGAUUAUUCAGAGUUUUAGACGACCAGGUUAGACAUUACAAUGGACCGACUUGGAAGUAAGUUAUUGGAGAAGUUGAAACUGACUGACUCAGGGAGUGUGAAAUUCGCCAGUUCUAAAAAGAAAAACGAGUUGGUCAACAACACCAACAAUAACAGCAAUGGGAACACCAGUAGUGGACUACCACCAACCCUGAGCACUGCAACCUCCUCACCAUCAACACCCGGCCAGUUCUCUCUCACCUCAACGGAGGCAUGCAGACCGGCCAGUGGCAGAGGUGGGAAUGGACUGGGAGAGAGAGUCUCCGCUACCCAGCACCUCUCCCCCUCUACAAGCUCCAUCGCCCCCCAAACUGCUGACUGCGAACAUCAACCCUACUGCCUCUCGACUCUCGCCCCCCUUCGGCGGCGGUCGCCCCAGCAGCGUGCCUCCUGCUACCUGGGGGAGGGCGUUGACAUCCAGAUGAGGCGUGAGUCAGGCCUGGGGGACUGUGACCCGGCUGGGUCCAAGGCCUCUCUGAACCAGCGCCGCUACUCUCUGGAGCUCCAGCAGCUGGUCCGACGCCAGCAGCUCCUCUCCCACCCUCCUCUCCCACCCUCCUCUGGCCCCCCUCCGGCAUACCCCACCUCCUCCACCUCCUCGGGUUACGGUUCCGCUCCCCGUGGUGGCGCAAUGGCCGAGCUGCACUACCUCCCCGAGCCGGAACGCCACAAACGCCUCUCCCUCCAGGAGGCGCUGUUCUACAAGCGGCUGAGCGCCGGAGGGGAACUCUGGGAGAGCACCAGGCCGGCCUCGCUCUCUCACCCCCCACACCGGCCCUCUGAGAUGGGUGGAGGAGGAGGGGUGGGUGGAGGUUUCUUCUUCCCCCCAGGCCCGACACUGAGCCCCUGCUCGUCCUUCAGUCUCCAAGAGUCGGUGCUGGUCAGUCCCAGGUCCAGCUUUGCCUCCAGUACUGCCAGCGGUGGAAGCCCCAUGGGCAGCCGCUGUAGCAGCAACCGCACCAGCGGAAUCAGCCUGGGCUAUGACACCCGCUACUCCGCGGCACCGCAGCUGCAGUUCUCCUCUCUGCACGCAGGGGGCUCCACCAGUGGACAGGGAUACACAGUCUCUGGCAGGGCCGGGGCACACUCUGGGUCAGGAGGCUGGCAGGACUACCUGGACGGGGUCUCUUCACCUGGAGGAACAGGGGUUCAGGACAGCCGGCAUUCAUACCCGCCUGCGGUGGGUAGCCCGGCAGCGGCCUGUUACCGGGCUGGGCCCGAGUGGUGGGAUGAGAGGGGAGCAGGAACAGCACGAGGGGAGGAGACUGGCGUGGGCGCUGGCAGGGAACGGGCGCGCUACUCGGACCUCCCGGGGACCCGCUACCAAGAGGAACUGACGCGCCUGUUGCUAAGAGAUGCAGCACUGGAGGGGGAGGGGCUACACCUGGGUGGUCUGAUGCUCAAAGAACAUGCCAAGGCCCUCAGCAAGCCGGUGACGCUCGUCAACACAGCUACGGCUGCCGGACCAAUCAAAGCCCAGGAGGAGCCAGGAACGGGGAGGGAGACGUUGUCUGAGAAUCGCCAGGAGUUCUUUGGUACAUGUGUGAAGUGUGGGAAAGGUGUGUAUGGAGCGGAUAAUGCUUGCCAGGCUCUGGACAGCCUCUAUCACACACGCUGCUUCACCUGUGUGUCCUGUGGACGCACCCUGAGAAACAAGGACUUUUACAACGUCAAUGGCUCUGUGUACUGUAAAGAGGAUUACAUGUUCUCAGGGUUCCAGGCUGCAGCAGAGAAAUGCAGUGUGUGUGGCCACCUUAUCCUGGAACAGAUCCUCCAGGCAAUGGGGAACUCUUACCACCCCGGUUGUUUCCGCUGUGUGGUGUGUUCCAAAGCCCUGGACGGAGUUCCCUUCACCGUCGACCACCUCAGCAACAUCUACUGUGUCUCGGACUACAACAGGUCUACAUGUCGUUCUAUUCUGCCAUUGGAACUCUUGUUGCCCCGCAGAACGUUUGCUCCUAAAUGUGCUGCCUGCUUACAACCCAUCUUACCUGCUGAGGGCAGCGAGGAGAUACUCCGGGUGAUGUCUAUGAACAACGAUUAUCACUUUGAGUGCUACCACUGUGAGGAAUGUGGGAAGCAGCUCUCGGAUCAGCAGGGCUCCCAGUGCUUCCCUCUGGACUCUCAUCUCCUCUGCCAUUCAUGUCACAUGACCCGGGUGUGCGCCUCAUAACAUUUCCCCUCACAACACAACUGAGGAAGGAACUCUGUGCAUAAAACAUUCCCUUUUCUUUCUCACACAAACUAUUUCUUUCUCUCUAUUGCACACCAAGAUAUGGGUUUGCUCUGAUGGUAGAAUUUCAUGGUGUGAGACAAGCUCACAUGAAAACGCUGGUAUAAGAUGUAUUUUAUUUACCGUUUUGGUCCAGAGUUUGACACAAUAGCACCAAUGUCUUAGAUCCAGGGAUGGGUCGGUUACUUUCUAAAUGUAAUCUAUUAGUUAUCUGUCAAAUUGUAGUCAGUUAUCUGAUUAGUUUGUUACUUUUAGAUUACUUUCCCCUCAAGUGGCACCCUGCCUCCAUUUUUGUAAAACGCUGAGGGAUGGCCCUGGCGAAAUGAAACCACUCUAAGAUUAAUAGACAGAGCCAAUUUUCCAAUGUUUUUAUACAAGAAAAAAUACCAAUGUUUUGAGGCUAUAGUGUUUGUAAAUCAUGUUUACAAACAUUGGGGGGAAAACAAGUUUACAGUAUUUUGGGUUAUCAUGGCAUGUGAUAGUUGAACUAAGCUCAUGGACCAUUUAUAAUUUAUAUUCUUCCGGCCACGACCGGGAGGUCCGUGGGGCGACGCACAAUUGGCCUAGCGUCGCCCGGGUUAGGGAGGGCUUGGUCGGUAGGGGUGUCCUUGUCUCAUCGCGCACCAGCGACUCCUGUGGCGGGCUGGGCGCAGUGUGCGCUAGCCAAGGUUGCCAGGUGCAUGGUGUUUCCUCCGGCGCAUUGGUGCGGCUGGCUUCCGGGUUGGAUGCGCACUGUGUUAAGAAGCAGUGCGGCUUGGUUGGGUUGUGUAUCGGAGGACGCAUGACUUUCAACCUUCGUCUCUCCCGAGCCCGUACGGGAGUUGUAGCGAUGAGACAAGAUAGUAGCUACUACAACAAUUGGAUACCACGAAAUUGGGGAGAAAAAGGGGUAAAAAAAAUAAUAUUUUUUUAUAUUCUUAAAGAAUCAAUGGGUAUAUACGGUAUCAUUAAUUUAUAAAUCCAAAAAUUGAGGGAGAAACUACAGAUUUACCCUUUGUCUAUCAAAAGUGCGCGAGUCCAUUAGGCCUAUGGAUUAUUUUUUUAUCAACACUAAUUCGAUUGAGCAAUAAAAGCCCUAUUUGUGGUCUUAAAUUAAACUUGUUUUUGACUGUAGUAUUGAGCACAAUACCACAGGAGUUUAGAAGUUAAGAACAACCUCAAAUUUAAAUUCCAUAAACUGGGAUCCGCAGUAUGCAACUGUUACAAGAGAGCAUUUUUCACUGGUUGCAAAAACUGAUUGAAAAGGCAGUUUAAACUUUUUCAGUUCAACCAUUAUUGGGUUCAAAUACACAUACAUUUGAACAGCCAUCUACAACAACCACAAUCCGUACGGCGAUAAUAGCUAAAUGAGAGAGCUGCAGUGUGAUUCACAAUAAUGUAGAUAGACAAGUAUUCUUAUCGCCUGUAGGCUAAACCACUGCUGUCGUCCUUACCUCCAAGCAUUUCUUAAAGUUGAAUAAUCUUUGAAUGCUGACAGCAGUCGCAACAUUGGACUGUAGCCUACAAAGCAUAUCUAUUCCCUUCUCUUUUCCCGCGAUCCAUCAAACAUUUGGUACGUCGUCACAGUGGCCUCUGACUUGUGGUCAGACUCGUUUAGGCGGAUCAAACUUAAACUUGCACCUUUUUUCAAUUAUGAUUUAAAUGUCAUUGAGAACAAAAAUGUCAUAUUUUUUGUUAUUGCAAACAGCCUUUCUGAAUUUAAAAAGACUAGAAGUAAUAAUCUUGCUGGUAAUUUAAUGGAUUCGUUUUUGUAAUCCGUUAUACCCCAAUCCGGUUUAGAUCAAACCCCUGUAUGUCCGGGGGUAAAUUCAUUAAGGCGCACACGUUUGGCAGAAGAUGAAAAUAAGUAUUUAUUUCUGGGCAAGUUGAGCAUUUUCUUCAGUUGUGUGCCUACUGAACACCACCCAGGUGCAACAUAAUGAGUCCUGCCAUUCCGCAGACCAUCACUGUACCAGACUGGGAGAAGAAUAUAGCCGGGUCCAAGAUCAGUUUAUGCAGUCUCGGCAACUCUUAUGGUAAUUGUCACGGCAUAGUUUGGCAUAUCUGGGACCAGGCUAGGAAGAAUAAACCAAACUAUGGUUUUGUUUUUACCACCCGACCAUGUGCUAUAGAAUAAGGGAUUUAUCGAUCUGGUUAACCUGUUUUUGUAUUUAACCAUCACUAGCAAACAAUUUGCACUUAAAAUUUGACUUGUUUACCCGUAAGAUAUUUUGUAAGUGUUUCUUCUUGUAAAAAAUAAACAUUCCUGUGUCGGUUGUAAUUAAUAAAUAUUUUCCUUUGUGUGUCUUAA